AUGAGGCAUCAUAUGACCCUGAUUCACCUUACUUCCUGCCUCUAUUUCUUCUCCUUCUACCUUUGUACUGUGAAUGGCUAUGGCGAUCUUCAUUUUGAUCCAAUCGACAAGUUUGUUAUAAAGGCUAUACAAAGAAGGGAUUUAGAAGUGGAUGUAUCAAGAUUGGAUAAUGUUGCAGCUCAUACAUCGGUGUACAUCAGUGCACAGGAUGGGCUAAUGGAAGCUGAUAAGAUAGAUAAAUUGCCUGGGCAACCUGAAGGUGUUGAUUUUGAUCAGUACGCUGGCUAUGUCACUGUUGAUCCUAUUGCUGGCCAUGCACUAUUCUACUAUUUUGUUGAGGCUACUCAGGAUCCAGCAUCAAAGCCGCUACUGCUGUGGCUUACCGGAGGACCCGGAUGUUCUUCCUUUGGUCAUGGGGCAAUGACGGGACUGGGACCUUUCAGAGUCAACAGCGAUGGAAAGACUCUUAUUCGAAAUGAAUAUGCAUGGAAUAAAGUUGCAAGUAUCAUAUUCCUUGAGUCUCCUGUUGGUGUGGGAUUUUCAUACUCAAAUACAACAUCAGAUUAUGAUCAAAUUGGAGACACGAAAACUGCUCAAGGAUCCUACACCUUUAUUGUCAAUUGGCUAGAAAGAUUUCCACAAUACAAGACUCAAGGUUUCUAUAUAGCUGGCGAUGGUUAUGCAGGACACUAUGUGCCUCAGCUUGCUUAUACAAUCCUUGUAAACAACAAGCUCAACAAUCAAACUAUCAUCAAUCUCCAAGGAAUUGCAAUUGGCAAUGGCUGGAUGGAUGAUGAGGCUACUCUGAGAGGGAUGUACGACUAUUGGUGGACGCACAAUCUCAUUCCAAAUGAAAUACACGACGGCAUUACUUCCCGUUGUAACUUCUCUUCUACUGCACAUAAAUCAGCAUCGUGUCAAAAGUAUCUUGAUAAAGCACAGUCGUCAAGGGGGGACAUAUACAUUUACGACAUCUACUCAACAUCAUGUAAUUCUAGUUCUCAUCAUGUCCUCUCCAGUGGAGGAUUUGAUACUUGUUCAUAUGCCUACACACGAUCCUACCUUAACCUUCCGCAAGUGCAAGAAGCACUACAUGCCAACAUAACUGCUCUUCCAUAUAUUUGGGAAGCUUGCACUUCUGUCAUAGAGAGUUGGAAGGAUUGGCAUCCAACCAUCCUGCCUACAAUCAAGCUACUGACAGAGCGUAACUUAAGAUUGUGGAUAUAUAGUGGGGAUACUGAUGCCAGAGUCUCCAUAACAUCUACUAAUUACUUCAUAGACAAACUUAACAUAUCGGUGAAUACCUCAUGGUACCCAUGGUAUGCAAAAGGGGAGAUCGCUGGGUAUGCAAUUGGAUAUCAAAACCUUACCUUUGCCAGUGUUCGCGGUGGUGGACAUUUCGUUCCAAGUUUUCAGCCAGAUCGUGCACUCACCCUCUUCUCAUCUUUCUUAGAAGGAAAGCUUCCUCCGAAUUCUCCUUCAGACUUUGGAAAUUAAUUUAGUCACUUAGUUCACUGAGCUAAUGGUGAGGAUAUAUCAGUUCGGUGAUUGUAUUAAGUCUAAAUAGAUAAACGUAUGCUCCCAAGAGUAACUAUUUUAUAUUCAUGUCUGAAGCAACACGGCCUGAGGA